GUUUCCACCUCCCUCCUCGUCGCCACGUCAGCACCUCCCUCCGUCUCUCCGCCGAUAUAUCUGCCCACCGAUCCCUUCCCCCCUCACCCUUCUUUCCUCCCGCCUUUCACAGUCUCACUCUCCUCUCCUCUGCUUUCCACCACCCUUCUCUUCACCUCAGUACCCAGGCCUUCCGUUCCAUGCACCACCGCUAGCUGCUAGAGGGAGGCUUGCAUUGAGCCAGAGCCUCUGCUCUUGAGCUGUGCUUGCAGCUCUUGUGUUGUGUGCGCGUGCCAGCAGAACGCGAGCUCCUGUGUGUUCAGUUCUUACGGGCGGAGUAGCUGUUCGUUUUGCUGGGAUGGAGAGGUUGGGGGACAGGGGGACGGCGCCGGGGAGGACGAGGCGGUACGGCGACCAGCCGUCCUUCUCGUCCACGCUGCUCGACGCCAUAUGCAAGUCCAUGGACGAGCCCGACGACGGGACGGAGGCAGUGACGGCUGCCACUGCCCAGGCGGCCAAGAAGCAGAACGAAGCGCUGCACUACAGUUACUACUACAAGGCGUCGCUGGCCGGGAGUUACCGGGCCAGAGCGCCGGGGCCGCACGCCACCACGUCGAGCUCCUCCGAGUGCUCCAGCUACGGCGGGUUCUCCUCGUCCGAGGCGGAGUCGUCGCAGCACCGCCGCCUGCGCCCCAUACGAACGAGUGUCGCCGGCGGGGUGCCCGCGCCCGCGCCGGAGAAGAAGGCCAAGAAACCGGGCGCCGCCAUCCGCGCCAAGCUCAGGGAUCUCCGCAAGCCUGCGUCCCCCGGCGCGCGGCUCGCGGGGUUCCUCAACUCCAUCUUCACCGGCAAGCGCGCCCCAGCGACGCCGCCCUCGGCGUCGCGGGGGGCAGGGGCGGGGGCGGAGUCCGCGUGCUCGACGGCGUCCUCGUACUCGCGCUCCUGCCUGAGCAAGACGCCGUCAACGCGGGGGCAACCGAAGCGGUCCGUGCGGUUCCUGGACAGCGACAGCGAGGCUCCGGCCACGGUGCCAGCGGGCAUGGAGGGGCGGAGGGUACAGGUGGAGCAGAUGCUGCUCCGGCGGAUGGAGAUGGAGAGUGACGAGGACGAGGAGAGCAGCGACGCGAGCUCCGACCUGUUCGAGCUCGAGAACCUGGCGGCCAUUGCUCCGGCCACCGGGGGAGUCGGCGCGUACAGGGACGAGCUGCCGGUGUACGAGACCACUAGGGUCGUGCUGAACCGCGGCAUUGGCCAUGGGCACGGACACGGGUACGCGCACGGGAGUCGUACCAGGGUCGUGUAAUUUUGCUUGGAUUCAGGCCUUCAGGAGGGGUUCUGUUACUGCAACUGUACAAUAGUGGAGUAACUGUAAAAUGCAACUAGUUUGGGAGGGAAACGGGAAUAGGGGCAAGAGGUGUUUGCUAUCUCUGAUCUAGUCAUCUUUGGGAUGGGAGGCUUGCUUGGAUUCUUUUCUUCUUUCUUCAACGGUGUUGUGUGCUUAGUUCUAAUUUGAGUGGUACUAAUUCAGCAAAUGACACGCCCUUUUGGCCUAUAA